AUGACCUCCUUCUCCUCUUCUCCUCCCUCCCUGUUGCACGCCGCCAACCCGCGUCCGAGCUCCGCGUUGUCGUCGCCCGCCUUGCCGCAGCACGCACUGCGCUCCAACGCCCCUGCCUCCGCCCUCCCGUUCCCGUUCGCGCUCGCGGACCCCUCCCCCUUUGCUCGCUGCUGCCCCUCGCCUCAAAGCGUCGGGCCGCACCCGCGCGCGCUCACCGCAACCGCCGCCCUUGCUCCCCGUGCUGAAACCGCCGCUGCUGGCCCCCGCGAAUCCCGCCCACCUCCGCUCAUCCCUCGUGCGCCCACCUGCGCCUGCGCGAGCCACGCCGCCCUGAUGCGUGCUCGCCGCCCCGCCACGGCCGUCCGCGGCCACCUCCAACCGCGUCCGGCCUCGGCAACCGCCGCGCCCCGCCUCGCUGCGCCUCGCCCCUGUCGCUGCCAAGCAAGGCCGCCGUCGCCUCGGGCCCCUGCUCGCCAUGCCCGGCCUCCCUCCUUGGCGUCCAUUGCACCGCUCCGGCCUCCCCGCGCGGCUGCCCCCUGCUUCGGCGCCGUCCUCGCCCGGCCGCGCCACCGCUCGCUGCUCGCGGCCCUCCCGUCUGCCUCUCCGCUGCCCGUGCCGCACCGCCUACUCCGCACCGCGGUCGCCGCCCUCCCUCGUCUACUCGCUGUGGCUGCGCUCCGGCGAGCCACCCGCAGCAUCCCGGCUGGCUCCGCUCGGGACUCGCCAUUCGGGUGCCCACGCCCGGCGCCCGUAAACCCCGCACCCGCUAAGACCCCUGGCCCAAUGACAGCCGGGGCCCAGUCCGAGAACGUUUUAUAA